UUAAUGAAUAACACUUUGAAAUUGCCCGUCCCAAGAAAGGCACAACAACUCUGCAAAGACGUUUGUUAUAAUUUAUUAAUUUACAAAUUGUGAAAUAUAGUAAUAAAAUAAAAAAUUGUGCUGUUCAAAGGUCAACAGUAGAGACACAGUAUGGUAGAUCCUAAUCGUAAAAUAAAUCGCUUGACCGACAGUGACUUGGAAUUCUUGGAGGAAUGUGAGCGUGAAUUCGGAUUACGAUACUCUGAAGAAGACGCUGAAUUUAUGGAGCAUUGCUCCAAACCAUUGCCUGAUCCACCUAUUGUAGAGAACUGGUCGUCUGGUGGCGAUGGGGGUCGUAACCACAAUCAGCAUCGGGGUGGCAAUCGCAAUCAAAGGGGAUGGCGAGGAGGCCCAGGUGGUGGUGGGGGCGGCAAUAAUCGCAAUUAUAGACACAGAAGAGGUGGCCGUGGAGGUGGAAAUCGAUUCCAAAAUGGCUAUGAAUCCAGAGGUAGUUCACAACAUAAUUAUCGCCGAGAGAGAGAUCCCUAUCCAACACAACCUCCAAUGAAUGUAAGGAGAGACUAUGGGAAUUUUGUGGCGGCAUCAAAAGAUUGAAUGGAAACACUAGUUUAGCAAUCACACAAUAGUAAAAUUAUAAAUAAUGCGAACAUUUUUAUAAAACAAUAACUCUAUUAAAACAAGACAAAACAAUAAUAACUCUAUUAAAACAAGAUUUAUGUAUGUAACAUUUCAACCCAAACAAAUAGGGUUUUUUUUAACUAAAUGUAAAAAUUUCUAUAUUUGCUAAAUUUGCUUUUUUGUCAAAAGAACUCUUAGACAUGGACUAUAUUGUAAAAAAAUUAUAAACAUGCGAAAAUUAAGGGCUUCCCUAUAGUGGGUGGAAACAUGCAUUUUAAUAUUUAUAACUAUACAAAAGAAGUAAAAUAGUGUCAGUCGGUUUUGCCGACAGAUGUAUACCCUCAGCCUA